GGGGAUUACGUUAUCGACUGUUCUAUGGUUCUGUUGCCUGUGAUGUCCCAUGUCCUUUAUCCUUAUCUUCUUCUUUUUAGUGACGAAUGUUUAUUAUCUCCCUUAUCCGAUCCGCCUUGCGUCCUAAUUCGUCUAAUAUUACAUUGUUCCAGUAUUUUUGCACAUCCCACUGAAUUUAUGUCUCUCGAUAAUGGAAGGUAGAAGGUAAACACUUAACUCAAACUACUGACGAACUUUGAGCAGCAGAAAUGGUCACGCCAGCAGGAAAUGGAUGCAAUUUACCCACCAGGCCUGCUCCUGCACCUCCUGGAAGCUCCAUAUCCAGGGGCAUCUCGUCUCUAGACCUAGGAAGUGACAAGAAGCAUGCCAUUGAAUCCUCAAGACCGUCUAGUCUUGCUAAUCAGUUUAGAUCUCAUUCAAUGUGCGAUGUUAGUAAGAAAAAGAAACCUCCACCACGGCCUCCCCCACCAAAAAUUGACAACAAGAACAAAAUACAGAACCGUACAACUGUUUUAUCAAAUUUGUUCUCUCGAAAAAAUUCUUUUGCGGCUUCAAGGCCUGCUCACAUCUUUAACCCUGAGAUCACGAAGGCUGUCCACGUUCCAAGUGUACCGGUAGCAUCUCUGAUUGACUUGCAUUCACCUCCUAGUUCACCAACUCUUACCACAAGAUCAAGUAGUGAUGGAGUCAGUGUUGACAGUUUGAGUAGUGACAAUGGAAACACUUCAGCCAGUGGAAAUUACGGAACCGGCUCUCAAGUGGAAAGUGGUUUCGAAGAUGACUUCGCUCUUUUUCCUACGAGCCUCAGCCUUGAGGACACCACCAAACCCGUCACAGACCCUUUCUCCCCUUUGCCAAAAUCAGCAUGCGUCAAUCCAACUUUCCAACUGAGCAAUGAAGAUCCUAAGUUAAAAGUAAAAAUGCUGGACACACCAGCUGUUCGCAAUCCCACAAUUAUACGAACAAAGCAGAGUAAAGCACCUUUGAGGCCACCUUUACCCGUAAUAAGUCAAAAUUCAUCUGAGUCUCUAUGGGCAGUCCCGUCCAGCAGCUGUACGCAGCCAUCAGAGUCAAUCUUUGACUUUCCUGAUGAUUUUUCCCCGCCUAUGCCCUCUGUUCCACCACCUCCUCCCCCUGCUGAGGUUCUCCAAGUACUAUGCAGUGGGCCACCAGUUCCACUGAGACCAUCAUUUGAGUUUAAACCAUCAAAACGUGUUGAAAAUGAAAAGCCAUACUGCAUUGCUUUGUAUGAUUAUAACGCAGAUGUUGAAAGUGAUUUAUCCUUUAAGGAAAAAGAUGUGAUUCUGCUCACCAGAGAAGUGAAUGAAGAGUGGUUCAUGGGGUGUUUAAACGGACGAGAAGGCAUGUUUCCGAGCAACUAUGUAGAAGUCAAGGUGCCUCUGAAUAGUGCUGACAGUAGUAGUUCUGAAAAUAGAAAAGUUAUUGCUAUUUUUGAUUUUCACGCUGAAAGUUGGGAUGAUCUUGAUUUCAAGGAAGGAGAUGAAGUAACUGUUCUGGAAACAAUAAACCAAGACUGGCUGUAUGGUGAAAUCGGAGACAAAAGAGGUCAAUUUCCUUCUAGUUUUGUAAGUCCUUUACCAGAUUCGUGAUAUCACUCAAUAGCUAAUCAAGGAUAUUUGUCAGUCACAUUUUACCCUUUUUUUAUCCUUUUCAUUUUAUCAAAUUUAAAAGCAUAUCUUGUGGAUCAUCCAAACAUCAAUCUAAUCAAUAAUGUAAUUUCUCAGUUUGAUAAGAUUCGUAUGUAUCUGUAAAGAUCAUUUUAUAUUACAAGAUUACUAUUGGCUCGUGUUUUAGUGCAUUUAAACUUAAAGAGCUUAACGUGAAAGUCAAAUAGAACAAAUAGGACGAUAUUAUUUGUCCAUGUGUAACAUUGUCCAAGGAGACUUAAUGUAAAUGAGAUGCUAGUGGCACCUGCAUCAGAAAACUGUGUCGUGAUAUAACUUAGGUAAUGUUAGUUCAAUUGUUCAAUUCGUCGUUCCUCUGAUACAUGGGCAUAUCUCUAUGUGCACAUGAGCCCCAGAAAGGAUAGAGCUAUAUGGAGAACAGGGCUCUUGUGGCAAUUGAGAUACAUUCUUACGUCAGAGGGGUGAUAAAUUGCAAAAGGGACUCGUCAUUUCUUAUUAUUUAUCUUGUCAAAAAUGAAUUUUCUCGUAGGAUCGUGAAAAUCUUAGAAUGUCUUUGUCUAAAAUGUCUCUAAAAUUCUGCAAGUGAACAUGCAGUUAACAUGUGAGUGUCUUUAAUUUACGAAUUUCCAUAUUCUUUUUGCCACUUGUGAAAAUGUUUUACAAAAAUUGGUCGCUGAUUAAGUCAUGCCAAACAACUUUUAUCCGAGUGUUGAACAAAUGAAAUUAAUUUUAAAUCAUAACAAAUCGCAAGAGAGGGCUUCAACUUGUCAUAAGAGAGUGGUACAUGUUCAUAAAAUGGUUACUUGAAGUGAGGGUCAUGAAGGACAAAAGGCGUAUGUGCUGUUUUUUGAAACAAUUGAGAUAUUCAUGAACUCGACUGAAACUAGUACGAAAGUAUAUUCGGAGAAAAAUUUACAACUAAAAUCCAACUUUAAAGCAAAAAGUGAGUUGAAACUUCCUCUCCGCCAUAAGGUUCUAUGUAAUUGUGAAACUUUAAACAGGCAUUUCUUGAAACUGCACUUAUGCGCCCUGUCCUUCAAGCCCCUCAAAUGAAAUGUCACCAAUUUCCGCAGAGAAUUUUUCAAGUAAAGUGUAUUAUUUAGUAAUCAAUUCCAGUUAAAACGCCCCAAACAAUUUGUUUUAUAAGGUAUAAUAGUUUUUAAAAUUUGAUCAAUUUAUCUAAAAGUAAGAGAGUGUAUGUUUUAAAUUUUUUUAGUCCCAAACUUCUUGAAAGAUUCAUGCUUGCGACCUUCACAUGCAAAUAGUUUAUUUUUAUCCUACUAAAAAUUUGCAUGGUUUCUGGCUCAUGCAGUCAUGCAAGUACAAUUUUAUUUUGAUCUAGUUUUUGUCAAUCUGAUCAGUCUUACCUAUUAAUUUUUUUUUUUAUCUAGAGUGCCGAAAAUUUGUCAAUGUUGAGGUCAUUGUAGAUCUUGCAAUUUUUUUUUCCGCAGUCAAAACAGUUCUACUCUCUCUUUUUUAUCAUGUUUCACAAAAACUUUUUUUGAUCUGCAUUAUAUCUCAACAGCAACAAUUUAUACCAUUCAUAAUGGUGGGUAGACUGUUAUAUUUCAAUGGCUUCAUUUUGUUUGUGUCACAAUUUUUUAUUUUUAUACAUAGUGCGUAAUCAGUGGCAGUUUUUAGUGUGUAACAAUUGGAAACCACAUUGCUACGGUGCAUUUAGAGUACAGAAACUGUUUUGGAAUGUUUUUUUUCUGAAAAUACUAAAUAUUUUCUAUUUUUAGAUUCUUCAGUAAGCAAUUGAAUCAAAUAUGCUGAAAAUUAAUUUAAGCUGUCUUUAUAAAAGAAAAUACUGAUUGGAAGUUUGACUGCCCUAGUUAUCGCAACAACUGACAAAAGUUUGUCAAAUUUUUAUUUUAUAUAUUUAUUGGUUGAACUGUAACCAGAACACAUGGGACAGGAAUCCUCAAACCUAGUGGCUUGGGUAUGAUGUACUCGGCAGACUGAAAUCUUAAUACUUUGCGAAACUAUUGAUGCACAAGCAGACAGAUGCCAGAAAACAAACAGAAUAUCAAAGAAACAUAGAGAUCAAGAAAAACUGAGAACAAGAGAAGAAAAUUUUUCUUACAAAUUUAAGUAAGAGGCACAUAAAAACAAGGAGAAAAAUAAGAAGAUGUCCUUUGAAGAAAGUAAGGUGCACGCCGAAUAAGUUGAUGCAUUUAACAUGGAGUAAAAGAUCUGCAAUUUUCAUAUUAGUAUAGAAGAAAAUGAUGGACGAUCUGUGUCACUUGAAAAGUACGUACACUUAUUCAGCUUGUGGCUCUAUCUAGGGUGCAGGAAAAUGAUCUUUCUGAACAGACCCAAUAAGACCCAAGCACCUCAUCUUUUAUGUUGAAUGCAAUUAAAGAGCCCCUGAAAUCAUUGAGUGCUUAGCCUCCCGUUUGAGCCCAAAGAAAAUCACUGUGAAGUCAACUAGAUAUUUGAUCCUUUAAUUUCAAAAUAUCAUCCUGUAUUGAGACAUAAACAUUAACCUUCCUUGACAUCGUUCUCCUGAUGGGAAUCAGCCUAUUUGUAAGGAAGACAAAGUAUGAACGGAGGGCCCCCUUCUGUUAGUCAUAAUCAACUGACAGUUGAACAUAUUUAUGCUAAAAAGAACUAUGAGCAUAGGGUUUGCGUGUAACAUAGUUCCUUUUAGCAUAAAUACAUCCAGUUAAUCCAACAGCAGAUCAUGAAAAUUUUGCUUUCAGCUUUGCUCAGUGAAGAAAAAAUGCAGAACAUUCGAUCAAUACACCGGUCUACUUUCAGCUGAUCAAUUCUUUAUCAAAAUAUUCAAGUGUGUCUUGAUCGAAGUGAUCUGAAUAGUUGGGCAAUCUCUGAAAGCAAAUUUUCUGAGAAUAGUGAAAUUGAAGGGUGAUGAAUCUCUUGCAUAGUGUCUUUCACAGUAGUCAGGAAUCUGGGUUUGCGUGACCAGCGUAUCACAAUGAAGAGAGACAAAAAAAUCCGGAAAAAAACCCAUUUUGAAAUUUCUGAAAGACUUCUCUGAGAAAACUGUUUUAUUAGAUAAAUCCAAAACAACAAGGGACAUCUUUCCAUCUUGGUGAAAGAUUUUCUAUGAGUAAGAACAAUUAGAAGAAGAUUUUUUCCUUAGGCUUAAAAUAUUCAAGAGGAGUAUGUUACCAUAUUCAUUUGCUGUGCCUCUUACGAUAAAUUUCCUAGAUAAUAGGGAUCAUGUUUGUCUGCAGUAUCAAAGAAUCGAGAUUUCCUGUCAGAAGUCCUCAAAUUGCAUGUUUUUGAUUACAUUGAUCCUCUUUCUAAUUUUUUUAUUUAUGAAUAUAGUGAAGUAUACUCACUCUUUGAAAAAUUCGUCCAUGUAUUCAUUACUUGUGUAAGUAUUCUCAUUAUUGUACCUUCCAAAUUUUUCUCUGAUGUAUUAAUGCUCAAAGACAAUCAAAGAGGUGCCUUAUAAACUGUUAGAGCUUCAUUAUCAAGCCUUGUUUUGUAAUAAAAUUUUGUUACUAUUUCA